CUCGAAUUUUCAUCCGAUGGUCGUGGUAAGUCGGUGUUCGGGUACAAGCGUUUUAUUUUUCCUUAAAACCCUAGAUAGUUCGUACGUGCAGCCCAGCACAGCAGCCUCUGUGAGUCCUCCUCUGUCUCACUCCCUGCAGCAAGAAAUACGUGAAUCGUCUUUUAACUGUUCGUAUUCGAUAGAUUUGUUGAGGAGGAAACCGGAGAUUGAAGAGGAUGAUCGAAAUUGAUAGGUUUUGAUGUUUUGGUCUGCCAUGAGAGGGGAAGAAGAGGUCUCAGGGUCAGGGGUGGAUGUUUGAGUUUUUUUAGAUGCUUUAAUGGCGGAAAUUUCAGGUAAUCUUCUUGGGUAUUGUUGAUUUUUGGUUCUUUUUUGUUUUGUGUGGUGGGUCUUGGGAGAAGAGUGCCGGAGUGUUGAAAAAGUUGAAUCUUGGGUUGAUGGUUUGGUGUUGCUGGGAUCAGGGGAAUCAGGGGAGUAUGUUUAGAAGUAUCUGAAUCUGUGUUCCAUAGAGUUGAUUUGGGGGUUCGCUUUAUCAGGAGCCUUCCGCCCAUGCCUUCCGUCGGUAUGAGGAGGUCCACCAGGGUUUUUGUGCCGAAAUCGAUUGUGAAGGAUGAUGGGGCCAGGGUCCUACGGUCGGGGAAGCGGUUGUGGUCGGAAUCCGAGAAGCCGAAGCUGGGCAGGGGCUCGGAAGGGGACGAGUGGUUCCGGCUACUGGAUAAUUCCGGCGAUGCGGACGACGUUGCAUGCUGCAAGGACAAUGGCUGGCGCGAGGUUGUUCAAAGCAGUGGGGCGACUGCAAUGGCUUUGUCCGGCGAUAUGGGGCCGGUGGAGUCUGUUGGUGCAGUCUCUGCAGUUCCGAUUGUUGACGAGAGUGUAGAUAGGAUGUACGGGGUUGUUUACUAUCGAAAGCGCCGGAGAUUGGACAUGGGCAGAGCAGAGAAGCUCUCCGGCGACCGAAUGUACGGGAUUUCCUUCGUCCGGAAGCAACGAAGAAAGAGGUCGAAGGUGUCCUUAACUGGUUCAUCGAGAUUAUCACAUAAUUCUACGAAGUACGUUCUGGCGGGAAAUCUUGCUCCACAUGUACAUUCGCGGCAAGUGUCGUCACUAGAUGGGUUUCUCCGUCAGGGAUUGCUUUUGGUGGUUGUUGAUUCCUCUUGCAGCAAUUCUCGACAGUUUGCAUGUUUUCUUUACUCGCUUCUGAGCUACAUGAUGCGGGCCAGGCUAGGACUGUCGAGGGUUGCUGCAUUUAUGUGCUUGAAGCCAAUUGCCACAGUAUUUUCUCGUCGAGGCAUCCAUUUCUUGCAUGCUCUUUAUGGCAGAAAUGGAUGGAAUAAUGGUCUGUCUUCGUUUGGGUUAUGCAAAAUUUUUGGGGCUCAACAGUUUAUACCUCUGUUCUCUGUUGAUUUUUCUGCAAUUCCAUUCCCCUUUAUGUCUUUGCAUUCCAAAAUGUUUCUUAGAUCUGCUUAUCUUCCCGAUGUUCUUCUUCAAUAUGUGAUGCAUUUCUGCACAAACCCACGAAGGUUUAUUGAAGAAAAGAAGUCUCAUUCGUUCAAUCGUGCCGAGAUAGAUCUUGAUACCAGCAAAAUUGUGGACCCAAAAAAUACUUCUACACAGAGAAGUGAGGUGGAUCCCAUUGUUAGAGCUCCUGUGUCAUCUUGCCGUAGUGUAUCGAGUAGAUACAGGGUGAGUAAUCGUGUCGCUCAUAAGAGGAGGAGUAGUCUGAGAGCAAGAGCUAAAAAUUCGUCACUGGUGGAUCUGCACGAUUCUUCUAGUGGCGUAGGUGCAGAUUUACUUAGCAUCAGAGAUGAUUACACUUCGUUGUCUUCUCCCAUGUACAGUCGCAAACAGAGGAGGCCUCUAGGAGAAAAUAUCAAGGAACUGAAAUCUACCUUGGAAGAAGUUAGGCAGAACAUGGAUUCCAUUGUUUGUAGUGCCAAUGUCUUGGUUAUUGAAUCAGAUAAAUGCUAUAGGCACGAAGGGGCUAAGGUUACAUUAGAGUGCUCAACGCCCAACAAAUGGUUAUUAGUUGUUAAGACACAAGGAUCGUUGAGAUAUUUCCACAAAGCACAGAAAGUGAUGAGACCCAGCACUUCUAAUCGUUUCACCCAGGCCAUGAUUUGGGCAGGAGAAAAUGGCUGGAAACUAGAAUUUUCUGAUAGAAGAGAUUGGUUUAUAUUCAAAGAACUUUACAAGGAAUGCUAUGAUCGGAAUGUCCAGGCUGGUUCUGUUAAGACUAUCCCUGUGCCUGGGGUACUUGAAGUUGAAGGGUAUGAGGACGACAAGUAUGUGCCCUUUGUGCGAGGUGAUACUUACAUCACAACAGAUGAUCUUGAAGUAACAAGAGCUUUGACAAAGAAGGUUCCAAAUUAUGACAUUGAGUCUGAUGAUGAGAAGUGGCUAAAUGAACUUAACAGAGAUUUUUGUGAUGGAGAGGAUGGUAGUACUGACUGUAUCUCGGUAGAGAAUUUUGAGAAAAUAGUUGAUGCAUUUGAAAAGGCUGCGUAUUGUAGUCCAGAUGAUAUCUCUGAUGAGAACAAAAAUGUUGACCUCUGUUCAUCUUUGGGGAGGAGGGACAUGUUGGCAAGAGUUCAUGAUUACUGGCUCAAAAAGAGGAAGCAGAGACGUUCAGCCUUGCUUAGGGUUUUCCAGUUUCAAUCGCCAAGGAGAGCCCAAGUGGUUCCAAAGCCCCUUAUCCGUAAGAAAAGAUCAUUCAAGCGACAGGCUAGUAAACAAUUUGGAAGAGGAAAGCAGCCAAGUUAUUUACAAGCCUUAGCUGCAGAACAUGAUACCAUGGCGGCCAUUCGCAGAGUCCACGAAGCAGAAGGCUCUGCAAGAAGAUCAUUGGAGGUUGCAGUAGCGAAGCGCCAAAAAGCGCAGAUGCUCAUGGAUAUUGCUGACUUGGCUGUAUACAAAGCAACUGUUGCCCUGAAGAUAGCUGAUACUGCCCGGAUAGCUGAACCCCAGGAUGCUGCAGUGUCGUCUUUCCUUGGUUGAUCAUGGGAAGCAUGUUCCUCAGUAGGGUGAAAGAGUGAUAUGGUGUAUUUGAUUCAAAAAGAAUUCAUGUAAUUUUGUACAUAGGAUCUGUAAUAUUAUCACAACACCAAACCUGUAAAACAUGAAUUUUGUUGUUUGCCAAGGAAAAGAAGAAAUACAGCCAGUUGAAGGCCUCUCUGUAUAAACAAAGAGCAAAAGCAAUCUGGAAAUCCUUGCGCAUUGGCGUAUGCAGCUCGCAGGAGAUGAGCAUUCCAAGUUUUAACCAGUCUCCGACA